UUGAAAUAAUGUCGUUGGUUUUUGCAAAGUCGUUUAAAAUUAAAGAAUCCUCUUCAUCAGCAACUAUACUCAGGAAACCCUUGUCAAAAUCAUUCAGUCGAGGAGAUAUAAUGUCGACGAAAGCUCAGUUAACGAGACCUGAACGCAGGUUUACAAGAUUGGUUAGCUCAUCCUCUCUUCAAAACCAUGACAAACUGGAGCAGGUUCAAGAUCCAGGGAUCCAGAGACGACAGAAGAGGACAUUAACCAAAAGCUUCUCCCUCCCCUCCCAGAACGUAAACCAAGUUUCAGCAAAUUUUUCUGGAAGGAAUAUGCAGAAUUCGGAGAAAUUACAUUUUCCACCGAAAGAAAAACCAACGCAUUCAGAUCUCCCUGAAGAAUUAGGAACAAUAAAUAUCACCGAGAAUAGUGAAAGGAUAUGGCCUAAUUGGAGACACAGUGGAGAAUGGAAUAAUAUUGAACUAAUCGACGAUGAGAAUAUUCCAAAUUUUAGACAUGAUGGGAAUUGGAAUAUUCCAAAUUUAAGACACAGCGGCGAUUGGAAUAUUCCAAAUACAAACAUUAUUACCGAAAAGGAGUUGAACAAUACAAGAGCAGUAUUGAGAUCGCUGGAUUCGAAAAAUCCACAAAAUCAUUCAUAUGGAAUUCCCACUCUUUUUGUUUGUGGGAUAUUAUCUGGAAUUUUAUCAUUAAUUUGCUAUGUUAUAACUCAUAAAUUAUCCAUCAGCGAGGAUUUCCCGAGCGUUCAUAAUUCAGAUAUAUCAACAAAUGAAGAUUUAUAUAAUUAUAAAAUACUGGUAUUGAUGAAUGUAAUGAAAACCAAACUUAAUGCCGGACUGGAAUUCUCUAAUCAGCAUUCUUGGAUUCUAGGUCCCAUAUUCUGUGGAAGUGCAGUGACUCUUGUAACCUGGAGAGUCCUGAACCCUGAGGAGAAGCGUCCUGUCCGUCCUAGUCUGCAACUUGGAAAGUUUGUUUCGGUCCUAAACGGAGUAGUUAUCGGACUCUACCUUGUAUCUUACAAUCUCAAGAUAAAUCUGUGAUAGAAAAGAAUGUAAAAAACAAA